GAGGCUCGCUGCUGGAGUGGAGUGGUGGACUGGUGGCUGCAGCUGUUCCUCAUCGCCAUUCCAAUCCAAUCCAAUGGCGCUCACCAACCACAUCCUCGCGCCGGCAGCCGCAGCAGCCUGCUGCUUCGGACGGCGGGUUCCUCUGCCGCCGCCUCAUCAGCUCGCCGUGCGGAGGAAGCAAAAGAGCGUGGUGGUGGCCAUGGCCGACCUGCUGGGCGACUUUGGCGCGCGCGACCCCUUCCCGGAGGAGAUCGAGAGCAACUUCGGCGAGAGGGUGCUGGGCAACGUCGACACCCUCCACAACAUCCUCAUCCCCACGCUCUCCGUGCUCUCCAUCGCGCGCCUCCCCCUCGAGCCUAACCCCGCGCCCGUCGACGCUGCCGAAGCCCGCCGCCUCCUCCACAAGGUGGUUGGCUGGCGCCUCCUCGACGACGCCGACGGCAUGCGUCUGCAGUGCGUCUGGAAGGUCAGGGACGAAGCCUGCGGCCACGAGCUCGUCGCCAGGAUCAACGCCGCGGUUGACGGCGCCCCGGCCACCGUCGUCUUCGAGGCCCCCAACCAGGUCAGGGCCGAGCUGCAGACGCCCUCCGCCGGCGGCCUCACCGUCAAUGACUUCAUCGUCGCGGCUCGCAUAGACAAGGUCAAGACGGUCGACCUUAUCCCCAAGAAGAGAGUCUGGGCCUGAUUCUUCAUUCACAUAUAUCCCCUUAAUCAAUCAAUCAACCAAUCAAUCAAUUAGUAGUAUCUUUUUUUUGGCUUUCAAUCGCUUGUGGAGUAGUACACUACUACGGAGUAGUUGUUGUUUUGAAUUUAUAAAAUAUUUAGUAGUCUUUCAAAGCAAAGGCACCGGCAGAAUUUGUGCCCAAAACCAAAAAACAAAUAAAAAGGGAUGAUAUGAUAUUAAA